AUGAGUAAGUUCGUGGUCUACAUUUUGGACAAAGCAGUUUGGCUCCUGCUGGCUACAGUUAUAACAGCUCAAGCGCUACAAAUAGCUGGAGUAAUGGAAACACCAAAAAGUGCUGGAUCAAUUGAAUAUGAACAGGAACUCAGCAAUUUCCAUCAGAAAUUCCCCCAAGAAGCUCUCCGAUGGAAAAGAGACACAUCUGCAUCGAUGGACCGUUCUCCAUUCAUUGAUAUGCUGUUCAAUCGUAAAAAACGAGAGCAAUCCGGCUGGAUGAAAAAAAUACAGAGCACCAUGUCUUAUUUCAAACUUAUGGCCAAGAUCCCAAUCAAAACUCUGACAGCCAUGAACAACCUGAUCCAGGGAUCCAGGCCGGCCAUAAAAAAAAUGAGAGAUUUUGUUUCGAAGCGUUUCGAGAAAACCACGAAAGCGCCCGAAAUUGAAACGAAUUCGAUUCAGAAACGGUCUCCUGUAUACAUUAGACCUGUGGACGAAAAAAAUUAGUUGUUAUGAAAAUGUAUAGUGUUUAUUGUUAUUUUUGUGUCAUUUUAUGAGUCGUUUGUAAUUUUCAUUUAUACUUAAGGAUGUUUUGGGACUGAGAUUGGCAAAUGGUUUAUACAUUUUAUGUCGUAAUUUUUUUCUUUUCUUCAAGCAAUUUUUUCAUUUUGCAUUUCUCACUUCCUAUGUUUAUUUUUCUUUAUUUAUAUUUUUUCAGCUUUUCUUAGUUCUUUUCUAUAAUCAUAUUCAUUUAUUCCUUUUUCAAUAUUUUAGUUUUACUGUUUUUCAUUAUUUAUGUUUUCUGUUUAUUUUUAUAUUGUUUUUAUUUCAGUUCUUUGUUUGCAUGUGCCUAUAUCAUUCUUAUUUUUUCUAAGCUUGUUCUACUUCUAAAACAUAAAGAUAUAAACCAUCUUGCAUGAUAUGUCUGCAAAAAUUUAAUUGUAGAUAGUGAUAAAAAAUAAC